AGAAAAAGAUAAAACUCCCAAUAACAGAAAUUCAGUCUCUGAUAGAGUGAUAGGGAAUCAGUAACAAUGAGACCUUUUGAUAAGACCCAAAGAUGCAAUUACUUCCCCAUGCUAACCAUAGUAACUUUUUCAACUUUGUUCUUUGGAUUCUUUUGUUACAAUCAAUACAUGAAAACCAUUCCAUUCCCAGAUUUCAAACACCAACACCCCUUCCAGGAAUCUUCAAACUCAACCUAUGUUCAACUUCAAGAAACAAACAAAGCUGACGAUGGUGACUAUGAAAGGAUUGUUUCGCCAUUAGAAGAGUGUGAUAUCUUCACAGGAGAAUGGGUUUUUGAUAAUGGGUCAUCACACCCUUUAUACAAAGAAGACGACUGUGAGUUCCUUACUGACAUGGUAACUUGCUUGAAGAAUGGAAGGCCUGAAUCUUUAUACCAGAAAUGGAGAUGGCAGCCCAGAGACUGCUCUUUGCCCAAGUUUGAGGCAAAUUUAUUGCUGGAGAAACUUAGAGGAAAGAGGCUAAUGUUUGUUGGGGACUCCAUAAAUUUGAACCAGAUGCUAUCUAUGGUUUGUAUGGUUCAAUCUAUUAUCCCACCAGAGAAGAAGAGCUUUAGUUAUGCAAGCUAUACCACUGUCUUUAAAAUGAAGGAUUACAAUGCUACACUGGAGUUUUGCUGGGCACCAUUUCUGGUUGAAUCCAAUGUAGACCCUCCAACAAUGAGGUAUGGCACAGUGGUUCCUGAAGUCAAGCUUGAAUCAAUCUCAAAACACGGGGAUAACUGGAAAAAUGUGGAUUAUCUCAUAUUCAAUACUUAUAUUUGGUGGAGGUACCCCACCAUGAAAGCUCUUAAUGGGGCAACGGAUUCUGUCGACGUUGAUCAGAAUGUAGCAUAUGAGAGGGCUUUGAAAUCAUGGGCUAAAUGGGUGGAAGAAAAUGUUGAUUCUAAUAGAACUUCAGUGUUCUUCAGCAGUAUGAGUCCUACACAUAUGAAGCGCUCUGAUUGGAAUAACACGAAUAGGAUCAAGUGUUGGAACGAGACAUCUCCGUUUCCGAACAUAUCGAGAAUUGAUGUGGGUACCAAUCGGCAGCUUUUCACAACCACGGUGAAUGUCAUUCAAUCCAUGAAAAUACCCCUUCACUUCUUCAACAUAACGAGGCUAUCCGAAUACCGGAAAGAUGCACAUACAUCAAUCUAUGCAGCUCCUGGUGGUAAGUUGCUGACGCAAGAACAAAAAUCUGAUCCAGCAAGGUAUGCAGAUUGUUUGGAUUGGUGUGUGCCCGGAUUGCCUGAUACGUGGAAUGAAUUGCUAUUUGCACUUAUCAUGUACCGAUCUUGACUUUGAUUGUCAUGAUUGAUUCAGUCCUAGAGAUUAAUGUAUGAUUUAGAAAAAUGAUUCGGUUUUUAUCUGUUACAAGAUUAAGAAUACAAGAACUCCUUUUCUUAUAA